AUGACGGACUCGAUGGACGACUUGAUCGAGCAUUUGCUUGACAAGAUCUCAUUGACCAGAUCAAGAGGCUUCACUGCCGUUGAUUUCGAAAAGGCGGUCCGUAGCUUUUACGACCGCAAGAAUCAUGAGAUCGAGGUUGAAGAGGACAAGAUCAUCACCGACGAGAAAUUGAUCGAGUCUGCCUUCACUCGUCUCUCCGAGCACGAAGAUGCCGAUAUCCAAGACGAUGACCAGACCCUUGCGGAUCAACAAGACGAUCAGAUUGCAACAGUUCAAUCCAAACUAGCAGGUAAGCGUAUCUCCACAUCCGAGGAGAGACUAUGGCAGCAUGUUGCCGGACAUGAAGUCGAUGUGCUUCGUAUUCCGAGUAUGGAGUUUGAAUUGCUUGUGAUCAUAGCCCAACAUGGCCCAAGGGGGAUUCUUCAACCCAGAGCUGGCGAGCUCGCUGGGCAGGAUAAGCGUUCAAUCCCACUGCGCACCGACAAGCUUGCAGACAAGGGCUACAUCACCAAGUCAGCUGUAGUGGCCAAACAUCUCAGGACAAGUUUGCUUGUGCUGAAAAAGUGGGCUACAAGUGACUCUACGGCAGUGCUCACGGGCGGUAUACUGCAUUUCGAUGCUCUUUUCGACACUACCAUUGCUCUGCUCAAGGACAAUGGCAACAUCAUCUCCAUCGAUGAUCUUUACCUGGGCCUGGACCCGAAAGCUAAGCUGAACAGAAAGAUUCUUCUCAGAAGUUGCCAGCGGCUUUCUCAGACAGGUUGCACGAGACUGCUUCGCUGUCGUGUACAAGACGAGGACGGUAAUCCUAUCAUGAAGGCGCAUAGCAAGGAAGAGAAGACCGUCAAUGCCAUUCAGCUUCUGAGGGAGCCCACCGCUGACGACAAAUCCAUUUGGGUGAACUUCAGGAAUGGUUUAAGGGCAAUUGGAGUGAGGAAGUCAAGGGCGAGACCGACAGGUAGUGGAAAUCAGGGCUCCGGUGAAGACGAUGACGACGAUGAGGAGGCUGCGGAAGAUGAUGAUACCGAAGGCGGCGACGAGGAUGCCGAGGGUGAAACGGACGACGAAGCGAUGGUGUUUCACUCGAUGAGAGACACCACUUCCGAGAUGCCGCCACCUGAUUCCACACAAACACCGUCACGACAAAGCAAUCGGGCCCGGAGAAAGUCUAGCUUGGCCCAAAGCGCGGAGUAUGCGCGGCUUUUUGAGGAGGAGCAAGACUACAGCGAUCAGGAUGCUGAGUAUAAGAUUGCGGAGUCCGCAUCGUCGGACAGCAUGACGCGAAGUGCGUCAGGCACUGCAACUACAACACCACGUCCACAGAAAAAGCAUGGCCGGCUGAGAAAAACGCCCAUCAAGGAUGGCUCCGCUGUUCGUUCACCUGCACGUCCCCUAAAUUCGGCUAGUAGUUCCGGAGAGCCUGGCGGCGAAGUCACUGGCCGCUCCAUGCUCGAUGGCACCCAGGCCGAGAUAUCAACGGCUGCACCUGGCACUCUUACGAACGGCGAAACUCCAUUAUCUUCAAAGCGUCAAAGAAAGAAGUCGAGCAAAGCACUCGAGGCCGACGCUUUGCGAGCCGCUGGAGAGCCACUUCUCACGGAGCCCGUCGACGAUGCUGAAAUGGAUGAUAACUCGGACGCCCAAAGUGUCGAUAAGACAGGACAUGCCGACAGCGAUGAUAUGCACGGUGAUGAUGUCGACAUAGGCACAACUCCUCGGACGCCUAUUGGUCAAGGCCAGAGUAAGAAGAGUAGAGUUCCCCGCAAGAAGCGUGAUUCAGUCAAGAAGGACAAACCCCAAAAGAAACGUGAGCCAAUCGUGAAGAAGCGAGAGAUCCCUCCGGAAGAGUACGAAGAAUACGAAAUGUACGCCCAAGCAGCCGCCGAACGUCAAGUCCGCCUCGAGAUGAAGAGCAGUGGCAAGCGUACUGCUACCAUGGCCGGGCUUGAUGGCCUUGUCGAGCAGCCAAACAAGGUCGCACGUACUGAUGAGCAAAAUACCGCUGAAGGCCGCGUUGAAGAAACCGAGCCACAAGCCGUCGAACUUCCCGCCGAUCGUGUUGCAGAGGUGAAGGCUUCGAUUAUCGCUCGUGAGAGACCUGGAGUCUACAUCAACCCACCUGGCGCUCGGAACACUAAACUCGAGAACUACGUUCAGCGUGGCAGGCCUAGGAACGCAAUCAUUGCAGUUGUUAAAAGCGAUGGCUUGAAAGAAUUUUCUUGGUUCAAGGACGAUGGCGGGCCGCGCUUUGCUCCCAAAGCCAGUCGGAGGAGAACCGCACGGAUCGGUGAAGGCCUGGCAGAACUCGAGGAAGACAAAUCUCCAUUCUUUGUGGAAGGCAGUGGCUCCGAGGUGGAAGAAGAGAUGAGAAGCAAGAAGAAGCGGAAGGUCAUUAAGGGAGAGGGGCUCUUCCGGCUCGAGAAGAAAGACGGCGCGCCGACUGCUCAGCCGGUGGCGGGACCGGGGAACUUUGGUACACUCGGUCUCGGGCUUGUUGGGGCCGCCGAGGAGGAUCCAAUCCAGGACGAUUCUGAGGUGCAGGAGAACGUCACUCCAGAAAGCACCUCGUUGAGACGAACCAGCCGAAUCAGCAGGCGUCGAUCCCUGGGAUUUGAUCUUGCACCUAUUGGAAGCGAUCAGUCGGACUCGCCGGAUGCUGUCGAGGGAGUAGCGGGUAGCAGCACGCCGGAAGAUCCUAUUGCUGCUGCGAAGCUGGAGAUGGCUGCUCUGCAACGAAAGAGAGGCCGACCUCUAGAGCAAAACGUAAUUCGCAUGAGAGUUCUUCAACGAAAGAUUGACCUUGACGCUAUCGCGAAGCAGAAGGAGACAAAAGAUUCGAUGGAUACAACUGCUUCUGUUCAGGGUGGAAAUGAGUCUGUAAACGGAUUUCAAAAGACCGCAACCUCUGGCGCUCCAGACAAGAAUGCUGUUGUGGAUGAGAAUGCCCGAGCCUUGGCUGCAGAGGCGGAAACGCCUACGCUUGAGAAAACGGAUGCAAUCGCUCAGCCUGAGACUAUGGUGCCUGAGUCUGGAGAUGAGACGAUGUCCACUCAGCAACCUAAUGGCACUGAAGAURUUGCGGUUGAGGCGGCUGAAGCAGGUGCCGUUGAAGCCACUCUCAUGGAACAAGCUGAUGAGCAACUUGAACAGGAUCCACCUGGUCAGACGCCCGUCUCAGAGUCUAGUGGACCUUCAGUGAGACUAGAUGCAGCCGAAUCUACUGCAGAGGCGGAGGUGGAAAACAUGGAGGCUGGUGUUGAGGCAGGCUCGGCCGUCGACAAUAGGCCUGCCGCGGCUGUGCCAAGUAUACCUCUGACUCCCAGCGUCGCCUCAGCAGAAGACACGCAUACCACGGGGCCGCAAACUGUCGACAACGAACGUGAACUUGUGCUGAACGGAUCAAGCAGUGCUUCCGUCAAUCUUCCUCGUGGGCUAUCGAUAGCCCAUACCUCGGCAAGCUUCAGGAUACAGGACGGUAACCUGCAAAAGCCUCAGCAUACUACGAUGCUCAGCGUGACGGCGCCAUCAGUCUUGUUGGCAGGCCUGGACGCACCAGAAACAACAAUCAGAAACAACACACCCCAGCACGUAUCAACGACCAAGAUCCAGAACGAAGCUUCCGGGAUCGCGUCGGCUUCAGAGAAGCCCGAAAUUGCCUCAGAUGCGGUCCGACAGUCGAGCGUUGUGUCAGCCAAGCCGAGCACUUAUCCAGAACUGAGAACUGGUAAGUCUAGCUCCCUGCCAGAGCUUUUCACAAAGCAGUACGUAGCCGAUCAUCCCGACGAAAAGUUCCAUUACCGCGGAGGAGGCAAGUACGCGCGUGGCGAGCGCUUCAAUCAGGCUUAUGUUGAUAAGCACCCGAAUGAGAAGUUCUAUCGUGUUGCAGGGGAGGGAAGCAGGAUUAAGUUUGCGAGGGUAGAAGAUGCUGAUGAGGCGCCGAGUGGAAGCGCUGCUGCCACUGUUGCCGCACUGMCGGCGAUUGAUCCUACAAUCACAACGCCGGGCUUGACCACUCUGGAUGCUGUUGAUGGUGCAACUCAGCAGAUUCACCCAUCGAUCGCGCCUGGAGGCGUGCAGACAGUAUCCAAUGGUCAGGACACAGAUCAAACCAUUGCAGAGCAGUUGCAUCAAUCGAGGGAACAUCAGACAUCAUCGACUGUGGCUGAGAAGCGCUCUGCUUCGAUUUCAAGAGCAGAACCUGAAUCUGCAACCGAUACGGAUGGCCCGGUGCUAGCACGAGGCGAUCAUCCACCCCCGGAACCGCAAGUCACCACGCCCGUUCCAGUGGAGCAGACAUUCAAGGAGGCUGAAGUUCGAAAUCCAAUUACCACGGAUUUGCAGGAUGUCGUGUCUGGCUCCGCGGAGCAAAGUCUACGGAAGGACGAACCGGCAGGAACAGCAGUAACCACACACGAGCAGGCUGCUACUCAUAUUGCCGCAGGGAAGUUUCCGCCCGCGGUCGAAGUUGAUAGCCCUGCCCCAACACCAGCAGCUCAUGCCUCUGGAGAACUCGCGCAAUCUGGUACCAAGCCACGCAAGAGAGCUAAGAAGCAGACCAAAUCCCACGAUCCUGAUAGUAAAUCCGACGAUCCUGAUGCUCCAAAAGAGAAGCGCAACGACAAGUGGCGAGAGAAGAGAGCUAUCGACAUAGAAGAGCGUUUCGACAAGGCGUAUGUCACCGCGCAUCCAGAUGAGCAUUUCUACCAUCGCGGCAAAGGAUGGUACUCUCGUGGGCAAACAGUAACCAAAGAGUAUGUCGAAGCGCAUCCGGAGAUGACGUUCAAGGAGGUUAGGAGCAUAUUCGUCUUGUUGCCUGCUGCAGACUCUCCAGUCCGGGAGAGAACGCCGCCGCCGGAAGUAGAAAUGAGUGAGCCUCUCAAUCAGCAACUGCAGAGUGCAAGCACUUCGAACGGCUCGUACAAAACGUGUAGCACGGACUAUGUUGAGAAUCACCCCGAUGAGACGUUCUAUCAUCGUGGUGGUGGGAGGUGGUAUCCUGGUCUACCUCCUGCUGGCUCGGCGAUCAAGACAUCUGUGCGUGGACCUGGCGCGGAGCUAUGGAAGAUUCAGGCCGAGAAAGCACUCAAUGCUGCUAUUUUGGCGCGGGCGAAGAUCAAUUUUACAACCUCUGCAGGAUCUGCAACACCGCCUCCGGCAUCUCAUACUGCGGUGACUCCCAUUUCUUCGCUGUUGACCAUUCACAAGCCCUACAUUCCGCAGCCUGGCCAGAUGCAAGUCAGUUCACCCUCAAGGCCAGCGAUGGCGAUUGGCAACAAUCAGCAUGGCAAGAGCAAGGGCGAGACUGAGACAGUGGCAGCUACUACUGAGAAUGGCGACGUUGAAAUGACUGAUGCCGCAGACGAAGGACAGCACCGCCAGCGUAAGUCCACGGCUUCGACAAACGCGGAUCAGAUCAUCGACGAUGAUGGAGACAUUGACAUGCACGAAGAAGGCGACGAUGAAGAUCGUUACUUUCCACCUGUUCAAGAUGAAGAUGCUGAUGAUGAUGCAUACACCCCUGCUGGCAAGCAGCAUGGAAAUUCUACACAGCCCAGUCGCGCUCCUGCUGGCCAGCAGUCACAGGGCAAGAUUUUCUUCCCGGUGGACCUCUCAGCUGCAGUCAUCGUACGUCGCACUGAGAAACAGAAGCAGCAGCCAGCAAAGCCGCCACCGACAAAGAGGAGAGCACGUCUACAGACAGUCUCCAAGUCCAACGAUGAUCAUGUAGUAGACUUGACAGAGAAUGGUGAGCAGCAAGGUUCCACGAAAGCUGCGCCCAGGAUGCCUGCCCGCGGAUCCAAGAUAUCCAGAGACAUUCGCCUCCAGUCUCAGCGCGUCUGGCCGUAUGGAGUGUCCCCGCUUGUUGAAAUGCCGGCUCCGGCUUCUGCGCUACUUAUGCAUCCGGCACAAAGCUUCCACCCGGAAACUGGUACAUUCAGUACUGCUGCUGAGUUCAUUUCUCCACCGGAGAAACAAGGUCGUCGUGGUCUCAGGCCCCGAGCCAGUCUUGCAAAGCUGCCCCAAGCUCUAGAGGACGAUUUCUGCGAGGCACCUGGACUGAUUGUCAAGCUCAAGAUCAAGAAUCUGGCAUCUGUGCUUCCUCCUGAUACAGCCUUCGAGUCUGGACUAUUCGCCACCAACGCAGCGUCGGAUGCCGUCCCCGUUUCGAGGAUAACUGGAAAGCCAAUGCGACCUUACAAUCGGCGUUCGAAGAAGGUAUCCUUUCAACUCGAUGAUUCAGAUGGAGAUGAGUUUCAAGAUGAUGGCGAGGUGGAAGUGGAUGAUGAGGAUGAUGACUCUGAUGAGCUCGACAUGUCCGACGAGGAAAAUGCAGCAGUGGCGAGACCCGAACGCCGAAAGCGCAGCACUGGCAUUAACGGAGAGAUCAGAAUCCGUGACAUGGCCAGCGGACCGGCAUUCAAGGACGCUGAUCGCCUCGUCAUCGCUUUCGCUCUUGUUGCUGCUGUCUGUGGAGGUCUUCGCGUUGAGGGUAUCAACUGGACACUCAUCGCCCACGCUCUGGGAUUCCGGUACGAUGGGAACUUUUUGCGGCGCAGAUGGGAUCACUUCAAGAGGACGCGGAAGGUCGACGUGGACAAGCUCCGCGAGGCGAUUCACGAGCCCUUUCUGGCGGCCUACGAGCAUGAUGACUUUCCCCGGGUCGACUUCCAGAAUCUGAACAAUACGGACUGGCCAGCGUUGUUUGAUUGGGUUCAGGCAGCUGUGGUUCCUCACGUUCAGCUCCAGCCCAAAGAUGAAGGACCAAAGGCGCCGGAUUUGCUUCGUUCAAGGCAAGAAACCGAGGAACACUUCGAAAUCAAGGAGCCUCCAAGUCUCUACGAGGUUCGUCUGGACGAGUACUUUGUUACUGGCACUGAGCAGAACCGACGAUCUCUCAUUACGAAGUACACCUAUGGCAGUGCGCUACCUGGCGAGCUGAGACCGAAGGAUCAGGUUACUCAAGACAUGGCUCUUCUAAGAUCAUGGGUUCGGGCGGUCGCUGUGACGAAGCAGUACAACUACCAUCCAGAGGCCGCCGCUCAGAAGCUCCGUAAGUUCAGCCCUGAUAUGCUACAACAAGUCACUGCCGAGAUGAUCGAGAACCGUACCUUUUCUCAAGAGCGGAAGAGUCGUAUGCUGCCUGGUCGCAACUAUCAAAUCUCCAAUGAAUGCCUGCAAGUCUUCAGGAGAUGGCCUCCACGACCUCAUGAGUGUCGCUUCUUGAGGUUUGUGGCACAAGCUUGGAAGAAUAUCAACACCCACUUUCAAAGCCAAGAUCAGCUCUCGCUGGUACCCUCUGCCUCAGAUCCGGAAUAUCUUGUCUUGACGAACAUGUCUGCACAGGGUCUGAUUCGCAUGUCGACGACUUAUCCAGAAAUCAAGAAUGACUACGAUGCUCCGUACCCGAAGCUUUCGCCAUGGGGAUAUUGUGGUCCGACCUAUGAGACCAAGAAAGUCGACAUGUCUCGGCUCAAAUUUCCGAUCGUUUACACCAAGACUGCAGCUUACAAGGACGACCACCCACUUCUCAAUCAUGUCCCAAUUCCACUCUACCCGCCUCAAAUAGAGGGUGAGAUUGGAGUGCGGACCCCAUUCUGGGUGGACAUCCAUGGCAAUCUGAUUGAUGAUGUGUGGGAUAUGGUUCUGAGGUCGGUUCUACAUCUGUUGGUUUUCAGAUCUGGAUCUACGGCCAACAUGAUCGAGCAGGCACAUGGCAGGAAACUUUGGGCAUGGGAAAUUGAGAUGGCGUUGGAGUGGAUGAGGGAAGUGGGGAUUGCGGAGAGGAUUGGUGCGGGGAGAGUGAGGGAGGAUGGGACUUGGAGUGGUGGCUGGAGAGCGGGGGAGUGGUGGUAUUGUGCUUUUACGCCAGAGGUUGCUAGGUGGGAGGCACCGACUGCGGAGUAA